GCUAACUUGGCGGCACUGUUUGAAAACAGUCAAAUUUAGCUAGAAAAAUCAACAAUUUCGAAAAUAGUCAAAUUUUGCGAGAAACUCCUAACAAUUUUGGAAAAUGCUAACUUUAGCUCGAAAACAGCUACGCUGGCAACACUGUUUGCAAGUGUUGUGCAACAACAACAAGGCCAAUCCCCCUCUCAUCACACACACACACACACACACACACAGAGACAUGCUCAAGUUAAUUGAAUGUUGCCUAAUUCGCUUCAGCCACGAAAAACAUCAACAUAUCCUGCAAGAACCCAACUAGAACUGGAACUGGAAAGGCGAAAAAUUUCUAUACAUAUAUAUGUUUUGUCAGCAAAAUGUCAAGUGACGCCAAUUUUAUAGACUUUUUCUAAAAAAAAAACAACAAAGUAAAAAUACACAACAGCAAUAAAUUUAAUAGAAAUAUAGAUACAUAUACGACAUUAAUCCCGGCGCCAGAUUUAGCUGAGCAUGGCUGUCGGCGGACGGACUCGGAAACGCAAACACAGAAGCCACGCGGCUGGCGACUCGCCGACGACAACAGCAGCAGCAGCAGAGACAGCAGCAACAGCGACAGCAGCAAUAACUAACAGCAGCAGCAGCAGCAGGGACACGCCGGCAACAGGGGGGCUGGGCAGGGGCUGGCCCAUGCUGGAGCAGCGUGAUUUGCUGGAGGAUGUCACACAGGGCGCUGGCGAGGCUAAUAAUUUCACGCAUAAUUUCGUGGAUUUGCAAAAUCUCUUGAAUUUCAAUGAUGCUGCCAGCAGCAGCAACAGCAGCAACAACAGCAGCAACAAUGUUGUCGGCGUCAGCUUCUCGCCGAGUACUAUUAAAUUGAGUAACGGGGCCAUUACGGACACACUUCUGGGCACCAUCUUGACCACGGUAACGGCAACGGUGGCGCCCGCCGCCAGCUCCCUGAUAUCCAGCCUUACAGCUGCCACAGCAACAGCAACAACAACAACAGCCGCAACAGCAACAAGCAGCAGCAGUUCCCAGCAGUUGGCGGCAAUUGGCAUGCCCGGCGCCGUGAUUGUGGCGGAUGCCACCUCGUCCAGCUAUUAUGCCAGCCUGCUGAACAUGUCGCCGGCCACCACGAGCCUGAUCACGGCGGCGGCGGCCACCAAGUCCUACAAUGACAGCUUGCUGCGCUGGGAUCAACUCGAUGGCAAUGUGGACUUUGGCUUCGAUCCGCUUUAUCGCCACUCGCUGGCCAUGUCCAUUGUCUAUUGUGUCGCCUAUAUUGUCGUGUUCCUCGUCGGUCUCAUUGGCAACAGCUUUGUGAUUGCCGUCGUCCUGCGCGCCCCGCGUAUGCGCACCGUGACCAACUACUUCAUUGUCAAUCUCGCCAUUGCCGACAUCCUGGUGAUUGUCUUCUGUCUGCCCGCUACGCUAAUUGGCAACCUUUUUGUGCCCUGGAUGCUCGGCUGGCUGAUGUGCAAGUUUGUGCCCUACAUACAGGGUGUCUCGGUGGCGGCUUCGGUUUACAGCUUAAUUGCCGUCUCGCUAGACAGGUUCAUUGCCAUCUGGUGGCCACUGAAGCAGAUGACAAAGCGACGUGCACGCAUCAUGAUAAUCGGCAUUUGGGUAAUCGCAUUGGUAACCACCAUUCCGUGGCUAUUGUUCUUCGAUUUGGUGCCCGCGGAGGAGGUCUUCUCGGAUGCCCUGGUCUCCAGCUAUACGCAGCCGCAGUAUUUGUGCCAGGAGGUCUGGCCGCCGGGCACCGAUGGCAAUUUGUACUUUCUGCUGGCCAAUUUGGUGGCCUGCUAUUUGCUGCCCAUGUCCUUGAUAACAUUGUGCUACGUUCUGAUUUGGAUCAAGGUCUCGACGCGCAGCAUACCUGGCGAGCUAUCCAAGGACGCACAGAUGGACCGCAUGCAGCAGAAGAGCAAGGUGAAGGUCAUCAAAAUGCUCGUCGCCGUUGUCAUCUUGUUUGUCCUGUCCUGGCUGCCGCUCUACGUGAUUUUUGCGCGCAUCAAGUUCGGCUCGGACAUAUCGCAGGAGGAGUUCGAGAUACUCAAGAAGGUGAUGCCGCUGGCCCAGUGGUUGGGCUCAUCGAAUAGCUGCAUCAAUCCCAUACUCUACUCAGUCAACAAGAAAUAUCGACGCGGCUUUGCGGCCAUCAUCAAGUCGCGCAGCUGCUGCGGCAGACUCAGAUACUAUGACAAUGUGGCCAUUGCGUCGUCUACGACCAGCACCAGGAAGUCCUCGCACUAUCAUCCGAACGGCUCGCGCAAGAGUCCCAGCAGCCCAGGUCUGAGGAAGACCAACGCCGUCUCGUACAUUUACGAGCACAACUCGCUGCGUCGCCACAAUCUGAUGAUGAAGCAGGACAGCAAUCUGUCGCAGCAGAUGCUGCUUAAGCAGGACUCGCACGGCUCACGGCAGUUCCUCAUCAAGCAGGAGAGCUCCUGCAGCGACGCCUCCGGCACGCGGCGUCUGCUCUGCCAGCAGGACAGCAACGGCAGCAAGGUGUCGCUCUCCAAGCAGGACUCGAUUGUCUCCUACAUGGAGUCGCGCCGCGUGGCCGCACUCGCUGCCCAGGAGCGCUCCGUGGACUCGACGCUGACCCAACAGGACACCAUAUCGAUCGAGUCGCGUCGCGGCGGCGCCCAAGCCACGCCCGCAUCCCUGCUGGACAAGCGGCAGAAGUUCGUCAAGCAGGAUUCGGUCAUAAGCUUUGUGGACCAGCGACCGGAGCCGCGCCGCCAUCAGCUGGUGAAGCAGGACUCGGUCAUCUCGUUUGCCGACCAGCGACGCGGCCUGCUCCACAAGCAGGACUCGCUGAUGACCAACCGGUCCGGCGAUGCGCCCACACACCAUGUCUCCAUACUGAAGAAGACCGACUCGCAGCUCAGCUACGGCACCUCCUCCUCCUCCUCCUCCGCCUCUCCCCGCCGCAACGUCGAGCUGUAUGAGUAGGCCCCAACUUGGGAAUAAAUACUUAUAUCUAUCUACACACACACGUACAUUAGCCUAUAAACUGAUCAGAUCUUGGAGAGCGGAGCAGCAGGAUGAGUGGGGGGAACCGCCUGCGACUGUGAUAGAGGUCGGAAACUCAGAGCCAGGCGGGCGCCGGGGCAGGGUUCGGACCAAUUUGUUAACGGGUUGGGGCGGGACAUAAACAAGAAAACAAGGUUAGCCCAGUUAACUUCGGCAUGCCGACGAUUUAAUACUCUUGCAGACUAGCUAACUAAUUUUCAAAAACAAAAGAUUACAUAUUACAUUUCUGGUUUUGAUAUGCGUAAGCCUAGUUCAAGCCGGUUCAAUUCGAGAAGCCUGGCUUAAGAUACCUUGAAUGAGAAAAGGUUAGUUGGCCUAGAGACCACAUUGAGCCUUCCGCCUUGUUCAAGCCGGUUCAAACUCAAUAAGCCUGGGUUAUGAUAUCUUGAAUGAAAAAAAAGUAGUUUAUCUAAAAAGAAAAUAUAUAUAAUAGUUCGAUUUUUAUGUGAUUUCGCUUUCAAUUUCAAUAGCAUAUUAAAUCUUGUAAUUGUCAAGUGAGGUCAAGCAUUUUAAAAUAGAAAAAACCUAAAACUGAUUUUAAAAAAGAUAAAGAUUUCAAUCGAAUGUUCCUAUAUGAAAUCCCAUUUCGCACGACAUACCGCGGAUUAGCGCGGGAUUAGCUCGCCUGACAAACAAGACAACCUUGGUGCAAAGCCCGUCAUAAUUGCCGAGAUGUCUUUUUGAGACUUUUCGGCGGAGCUUGUCGCCUCAAAAGGACCUCAUCUCGCCAUAGUCAACGGUGGAGUUAAGUCCUUUCAAAAAUAAAAUGAACUGGGCGGAUUUAUGUCAUGACAGUAAAAGGAACUGGCGAUAAGUACAUAAAACUUCAGCCGGAUCAAGAGUCUAUAUGAAUAUAUAUCUAAAGUGCUAAGAGAUGUCCGUUUCACGUUUUAUGACGCUAUCGAAAUACCCUCUGCAAGUGUAUAAAAACACAACUGGGAUCGCACACACACACACACACACACACACAAGAGAGAGAUACACGCAAUGCACCUAAACUAACAUAGUUAUUAGAUGUUUUAUACGUGUUCCAAUAGUUCUACACACACACACACUCUCACAACUCACACACACAUACCCUGUACAUUCGCAGUUUUUAAGAUUGUUUGUACUCGUCAUAUUUGCUAUAUAUACCGAAACGCAGCCUGCUUAAAAGAAAUACUUGAGUCUUGAGCGAGGGAGUGCAGUUUUUUACUAGUCAAGGGAGAACCCAGCCCAAAAAAAAAACUUGGGACUUGGGCCCGGCUAAAAAUUUUCUACGAAAGCGAAGAGUGAAAAAGGAAUGUCCAGUAUCAAAGAACAAAUUUGAGAAACACCGAGGUCUAAAGUAACGUACCUACUAAAUUUUUGU